AUGUCUCUGAGCAGGUUCUCCCCAUCCAAUCAUGUCGACAGAGGCCACAUUUCGAGGCGCAAUAUCCAUUUUUCAUCGUCUGGGAACGAACGAAGUGCGAAUGAACCAAGCGGGAGUCCGCGCGCUACAACGCUAGGUGUAGAGUCGUCUGUGAUGCGUCUAUUCGCGUCUACAAAGAAGUUGCUGGUGGCAUUGACACAGUGGAGUUUAAUGAAAGUGAACGAGGACUAUGUCAGCGAUGUAUACGUUCGGGUGGGAAACGACUUCCAUGCUGCAAUUGCAGCGUUCUCUCAGUUCAACGUCGAUAUGAGUGAGUUUAAUUCGUUUCCAGUCGACUUGCGGAAGGUCCUGGAGCAGUGUCUUGCUGAGGACCCCACACCCGAGAAUCUCGAAGUAUACCUUCCAACUGUGAAGAAAAUCACCAAUCUGCUCUCUGGAUUGCACGCGAAGCAAUCUGCUUGCCGUCGGCAGCUCUCCGACCAACGGCGGGGUUCCCAACAUGACAGCCGAAAUGACAGUCGCUCGCCGCGCCAGCAGAAUUCUCACCUGAGCCCACUCUCGAGGAACACUGCAGAGGAUGGUCAAAGUCGGGGAGCUCCCCCAUCCAGUAGGAGGAAUACCGAGAAAACGCCCCGUGGCCCGCUCAGUCCCGUAGGGGAGGUUUCCUUUGAAAGCUUAUCAUAUCCCGAACAAACAUCCAACAUGGAUCAUAAAUCAUCAUCGCGUCGCCCGCCCGUCCCUUCUAAACCUUCUCCAAUUACCGGCUCUUCCCUCUCAAAGACUUCUUCACAACGAACCUCUACAACGGAGACGAGGCGCCACGCAUAUGUAUGCUUACCACGGCCGCCAUCGCCAGAUGUUAUUGUUGAGUCUCCGAGUCCAGAAAGCCAAGAAGAGUCAUCAAAUAACAGCCCUCUUUCGUCGACCGAUACCGCAACUCCCGACGUGGUGGAUUCGCUUGUUGCCCUAAAUAAAAGCGACAUCCUCGAACGUCGGGCUUCAAAACGAUACUCGUCAUAUAAUAUCUCUAAAAUGAUUGACUCUACACGAGAAAAGUUUAUGGGCAAGACGCGGUCCAUGUUGGUCUCGCCUGCGUUGACGCCGAGGGAGCUGGCAGCUCUUGUUGACUUAGAAGAUGACAGAACUUCUCCUCCUUCUUCCGCUCCGUCCAUGGGCCGAGGGUCCGUUUUGUCUUCUCUUUCCCCUUCGCUUGGUGCACUUUUACAGUCACCAGGACGCCCAAUAUCCCCGUCGACCACUCGCAAGCCCACCCACACACCUAGUCGUACACCGGAACCGCCAGAACGACCUCCAUCCCCGAAGAAACCAUCAGCUUCAGUUCUCGGUAGAGGAUGUCCACCCGUUUCAUCAAAGAUGACUGUGUUCCUGCAAGUCGACAAAGAAGUCAAGAAAACCGUAAUAGAAUCCGGUCUUUCACUACCUUCAAUUAGGAUGUUAUUCGUAGACCGUUUCUCAUACAAUCCCGCUGCUGAUAAUUUCCCUGCCAUCUAUAUUCGUGAUCCUUCCAGCGGCGUACGGUACCAGCUGGAGAAUGUGAACGAAAUUCAAGAAAAAUGUUUACUUUCCUUGAACAUCGAACCUCUUGACCAGGUUAAACAGCACAUGGAUACCCAGAUUUCGACCUUAUCUGAGGAUAUGAAAGAGCUGAAAUCUGCUGUCAACAGAAUUAGUACACAAUCCCUCAUAUACAGCCCCAUAGCUGAGAGUGCCCCCUCGACUCCCCCGCCGGUUUCUGCGCGCCUUUCGAGGUUCACCGGCUCAAACUUCUUCCCCGCGACCCCGCCUCAAACGCCUUCCACCACCAGUCAAUCGUUGAAACUGCAAUUGACGUCUGCCGAGUGUCCGCCGCGCACCAUGGCCGAACUCAGGACACAGUUUGACGAGGUGCAAUGCCUACGGAGGGAUCUGGGUGUCAUGCGACAACUCUACACCGACUUUAUGAAGCAAACCAAGGACUCUCUGAAUACCCUCCGUACGCAAACUCAAACAGUGAAGCAACUAGCCAAUGCAGACAUCGGCGGUGACCGUGCUAUCGUCGACGCUGGGAAGAAGACCCUCGAUACUCGGAGCCAGAAUAUCUUGACGGAGGUGGAGAGGUUGCAGGAUGCGAUUGACGCCGUGAAGGCGGACGUUUUGAAGAGACAUAUAACACCCAAGCCUCAGUAUAUGAAGUCGAUCCGCAAGGAUGCCGACGCUGCGGCAUCUGAGCUGGAGAACCUCAAAGAGCACCUCGCGACGAUCAAGCCCAUGUGGAAAAAGACGUGGCGAGAGGAGCUACAGAAUAUUGUUGAGGAGCAAGAGUUUCUUAAUCAUAACGAGGAGCUCCUCAGUGAUCUUCUGGAAGAUCAUAAAGCGUUAGGGGAAGUCCUGGGGCAUCUGGAACAAGUUGUUACCAUGGGAUCGCACAGGGGCAGAGGACGCCUUCCUGCGGUCCGCACGGAGGGUAAGGGUGAUCUGGGUACUGUUUUGCAGCAGAUUCGAGGUGCUGCUGUAGACCCAGAGAAGCGUCUGAAAGCGAUAGAGGAGAGUCAGAAGAAUAGAGAGAAGGAGAUGGCUAAGAACCGGCCUGACGAUGAUCUACAAACCAAGCUGACAGAGUUUGUUGGUGGAAAGAAGCUUAAACUGACCGGUGGGGUGGAGGAAGUGGAGCGGCUGAGGCAAAAGCGGAGUGAUCAGGCGUUGAAGACCAUGUUCAACGGUGCUCGCGCGGGUAUGAACAGCCCUUGA